UUCGUAUCCCCGGCUCGCGGUCCUUCACUACGGCUCUCUGCGUCUUUCCUUUGUGUAUACACUCCUGUUUGCUUUCGAGAUGCUGAUAUGGACGUAUCGGAAGAGAUGGAGGAGGUGAGGGAAUUGCUAUACGAAAUGAUAAAGAAGAACUUCCCCAUGGGCGUAUCCUCCUCGCAUCUUGCUCAGAAGUAUCACGAAGAGUAUGUGUCAAAGGGACUCGGUCGUGAACUUCCUGAAGAUUGGCUCGUCCAAGUCGCAGAAGCGGAAGAAUUCGAAGCACAGACGAGAGGACCCCUUACGAUACUUUUUGUACGGCUAUCAAAUACGACUUCGUACAAACGAGCGCCAAUCCCAAACACAGAUUUAUCUACUUGUUCGACUUCGCUCCAACCGAAGUGUGACGUUAUUGUUGUUGCUUUUGAAUCGUCUAGAGAGCUGUAUAUACGCGCUGUAGCAGAUGAUCCUGUAUUUGACUCCAUGAAAAUCGAUAUGCGUAAAUUUUACGCGGAAAAUUCGAGCGAAAGACGAGUUCAGAUUUAUGAAGUAUUGUCCGGUGGAGCGUAUGCACUGUGUGAUGCAGCUGGUGAUUGGUUUCGUGUAAUAGCUGUGGAACUGCCCCGUUCCGGUACAAUCAAGUGCUUCUUUUGUGAUGUUGGCGUAUUCGGCGUGUAUCCAGUAGUGGACCUCCGUCUUCUUCCCGAUCCUGGCCAUCCUAUAAUGUGUCGUGCGUUCACUUCAUUUCAUUUCCCUGCUGUUUUCUUUAUACUAUCCUAUAAAACCAAGCUCAUUAUUCUCAAAACCAAAAUAUUCACAUUCAGAAUAAACCUGACUUCGUUGACGGACGCAGAGGUCGACGAAUCAAUCUUGCCUUAUUCAAGCAACGAUGCCAGUUCCUCCACACGGAACCCUCCGGCUGCUGUCAGUUUACCACCUACGGUUUGCGUUUUUGACGAUGAUGUGGAGAUUGUACCAAUGGAGACCAGUCAAAUACCAAUGAGUACUUUCUCUGCCAAUGCACUUUUUGCUGCUGGUCCAGCAGAUAUCAGUCUUCGACAAGUUUCAUUGGAUCCUAUGCCUGAUUACAUGUACGGGAAAUUGUCUGAGGAAUCUCAGAUGGCUGAUGCUGAAUUACAAGACACACCACGUCCAGGCACGUUUUAUGCAGCACGUAUCGACGAUCGUUGGGAACGAGUGCAGUGCAUACGGGCCAGUAAAAUAGAUAAGUCGGCUUUCUGCGUGUAUUUGAUCGACGUUGGAGCGUUCCAUUAUGUGAGGGCAGACGCGCUAAGAAGACUCAACUCGAAGACACCAUUUAGGAAGAUGCUUAUGUUCAAAUGCAGGGUUGCUAACAUAGUGCCUGUAGGAGGCCAAGAUAUUUGGAAUCGUGAGUCACACGAAGCCGUACGGGAAUUCUUCGAAGCUGGUUUAGGAGAAACCGUCAUGGUGACGCCUGUUCUGAAUGGUUGUGGAGUUUGGAAACAACUGAACGCUCCAGCUGUUCCUUUUGUGACUGCUAAUAUUUCAUGCUGUGGACGAGAUUUAGCAGACUGGCUUAUCUCCCAUCGUCUAGCUCUUCCAGGAACAAAUUAA